CCUGGGAGUCUUCUACGUGGUUCUUACACGGUUUUGUACAAUGAUAUUAAUUACCAAGUAUCUCUGAGAGAUUCAAUUUCUCAGAAAAAUAAGUUCAGGUUUGUGGUCUUUCAUCAAUUUGGUUCUUUAAUCUGCGUGCUGUUUCGAUUUGGAAGGAUUGGUUUUCGAGAUCUCAAGGAAAAUAGGAAAAGAGAGAAUCGCAGGUCGAGAUGUCGAUGCUGGACGCGCUCUUCAACAAGGGAUUCAGGGGCGCAAAAUGCAAAACACUCUUGAAGUUGACGAUUCCUCGCAUCAAGUUGCUGCGGAAUAGGAAGGAGGCACAGAUGAAGCAAAUGCGGAAAGAAAUUGCUAAGCUUCUUGAGACCGGUCAGGAGGCAACUGCGCGCAUACGGGUGGAGCACAUAAUCAGAGAGCAGAAAACCUUGGAUGCUUACGAAAUUAUUGAGCUAUUUUGUGAGCUUAUUACUGUCCGCCUUCCAAUUAUUGAAACGCAGAGGGAAUGCCCUCUAGACUUGAAGGAGGCAAUUUCCAGUCUCUGUUUUGCUGCACCAAGAUGCUCAGACUUACCAGAACUGAUACAAGCUCAGAUGCUAUUUGCUGCAAAAUAUGGGAGGGAAUUUGUCACAGCCGCAACAGAACUCAUGCCAGACUGCGGUGUUAACCGCCAGAUAAUUGAGCUGCUAUCAGUCCGUGCACCUCCUGUUGAGGAAAAGCUAAGGCUGCUUAAGGAGAUAGCGGAAGAGCAUGAAUUAGAUUGGGACCCAACUGCUUCGGAAGCUGAACUUUUAAAGCCUCAUGAGGACUUGCUUAAUGGUCCAAGCCAGUUCAUUGAUGGGUCAAAAGUGCCACUUCCCGAAGUAAAACAUGAUGAGUCUUUCUAUUCUGGUUCUUUAAAGGAUUCCCAUGAAAAGUUGGAUCCAGAAACUGGCUUUGACAUACUUGAUCUUCCGGAAGCCCCUCGAGGCUCAAUUCAUCCCAAUUAUGAGAAAGGAGCAUUUCCAGACGUGCCUCCACCAUCUGCCCCAUCUCAUGAUUCAAUCAUAAAUUCAGCUGCGAAGGGUGAUUUUGUCUCUUAUGAGACACUGCAACAUCCCAGUAAAGAUGUUUCAAAUGCACCUGCUUAUAGGCCCAAUCCUGACAACUUCGUUAGAAAUCAAGAUGAGAUAAAUCUCCACACUGGAUCUGAUGCAACUACCGUAGAACCACCUUCUUAUGCUCCAGUUGACAGUUCAGUCAGUGGGAUUAGCAAAACGUCUAUUAAUCAUGAUGAUGCGAACUUUAGAACACUUAAUGUAGCUCCUGACAGCAACGUUGGUUCAAGGGAAGAGGUUCAUUUGCGUGCUAAUGGAGUGAUGUUGGAUUCACACUCUCAUAUGGCACCCAAUAUCUCAUUGGAUACAGAGGAGAAGAAAUCUCAGUCUCCUGACAAAAAGGAUUCUGUCCCGGUAUCAUAUGUGGCAACUGAUACAUCAGUUUCUCAGGAGGAGAAGAAACAGUUCCUACCUUUCAACCCACCAGUUACUUCUUCUGGAUCAUUUCAGGAUCAGCGUAUGUGUUCCAUUUCAAGAACCAAAACAGCCAUACCCGCAGACUUACAGGAUGUCUUGGCAGCUGCCCAGCAGGCUGCUGAAACUGCUGAGAGUGCUGCUGCUGCUGCCCGCUCUGCUGCAAACCUAGCACAAAUCAAAAUUUCUCAGCUUUACGAUAAGAGGGGCAGUGAUCUCGCUGAUAGUGGCAGGAAUGAUGCUGCAGAAGAUAGAGAAUUGAACAGCACCUUAUUCGAUGAAUCUGAGCAGAAAAUUAGCAGUGGGACUGGACCUUCAUACCAUUCAGGUCUUCAAACUGAGAUACAUCCUCAGGGAUCAGAAGAAGUGUUGCAUCCUUCUUUUGACACUCCUAGAAUUGAGAGGGAAUCUUCUAACCUUGACGACCAAGAUGUUCGAUACGAAAGAUCAACCUCCAUGGACGAUGAUCCUUUUUCUUACCCAAAUUUGUUUAGCACUCAGAGUUCAUACGGUGGUCAUGGUGUUUAUUCACCGACGCAUAAACAUGCACAUGAUCCGUGAUUAGUAGGUUUGAAGUGGGAGGCGGAGAUGUCGUUUUUUCAUUCAUCUCGUUUGUGGAAUGUGGUUGUGUAGCAUAUAUUGUGUGAAUGAGCUUUGAGAGCAGAUCAUGUAAUAAAUAGAUGACGAUGUAUUAGUUUUUGUGGCGAAGAUUUCAUUUAGCAUUCAAAUAGCGGUGUGCAAAAGGGAGCGCUUUGGCAGGGUUUCAAUAGAAUGAUGUGUUUUGUGCUUCA